AUGUAUUCACCUUACUCACCAGCAAAGGGUGAGAGUCUGUGCUGGCUACUCAAGCGGGCGUUAGAGAAGCUGCCGUGUCUAGACCACUGGCUUCUGCUGUGCGCAACGCCAACAGACUUAUUCGGUAUAAGCGCUCGGAUGGGCAAAAUAGUCGACUACAACAAGUUUGACACCACUUUCUUCGGCCUUAUGGAACAGUUAACGGAUCAGAUCGACCCCCACUUAAGCGCUCGGAUGGGCAAAAUAGUCGACUACAACAAGUUUGACACCACUUUCUUCGGCCUUAUGGAACAGUUAACGGAUCAGAUCGACCCCCAGUCCCGGAUGCUAUUGGAGACCACAUAUGAAGCAAUUGUUGACGCGGGCAUUUGUCCCCAAUCCCUACGUGGUAGUAGGACUGGAGUGUAUAUCGGGGUCAGUCAUUACGCCAAUAACGAUGGAUAUACUGAGGACAUGCAGCCUGACCUGUCGACCAACAAGCAAAACACCAUGUUGCAGGUUAUGGGCAACUCUAAGGCUCUGUACGCCAACCGUAUAUCAUAUGUAUUCGACUUUAAGGGACCGUCACUUAUCACAGACACCGCCUGUUCGGCCAGUUUGACGGCAUUCAACGUUGCGCUCAACGAUUUAAAAUUAGGUAAUGUGGAGUACGCUAUAGUGGGCGGCACUCAUAUGACACUCGAGCCGUCCAUUAUGCAGAUGACUCAGGAGACGGGUAUGUGUUCGCCGAGAGGUGUGUCCGCAGUUCUCGACCAAAGCGCCGAUGGCUUCGUGAAGGGCGAAGCGGUCGCCUGUCUUCUACUGCAGUACAGACGCGACGCCAGACGUGUUUACGCCACUGUUCUCGCGGCCCGAGUCAACAGUGACGGCAAGAAGACAAUCGGCAUGUUUUACCCCUCCAGUGAAGCGCAACAGGACUUAAUGGUCAUGACUUAUAAGGAGGCGGGUAUUGACCCCUUAAGGAUGACAUACUUUGAAGCCCACUGCACGGGCACCAAGGUUGGGGACCCACAAGAAGUUCGGUCCAUUUAUAACGCCUAUUGUAAACUCCCGGGCCGUACGGAUCCGUUACCACUCGGGCUCUUAAAGAGUAAUAUGGGUCACUCGGAGGGCGGCUCUGGAGUAUCGGCUAUAAUCAAAGUGUUGAUAUCGUAUGAGAAUGAAUGCAUUCCUCCAAACAUUAAUCUCAAUGAGAUUAAAGAUGAGUGUAAACAGUAUUGCCCACCAUUAUUGCCUAUAGUUAGCAAACAUACAUAUAAACCUGGAAUGGCGGGCAUUAAUAACUUCGGUAUCGGAGGAGUGAACGCUCACGUAAUCAUUGAACCGAACCAUAAGUUGGGAACGAGUGAUGGCUUUGUAAUCGCGGAAACGAUUCCCAGAAUUGUAAACAUUUGCGGCCGAACUGAAGAUGCGGUCAAAUAUGUGAUGGAUUUCAUACAAAACAACCCAAAGAAAGUGACGAAUGACUUUUUGGCACUUUUGGCACACACUAUGAAAUACACGCCUAAUGUUAACUCAUCGGGAAUGCCGUUCAGAGGUUCACUUAUAAUAAAGAAAGUUUUUGAAGAAAACAAUGAAAUAAAAUACGAAUACAAGAGACAAAUGGGAGUAAUGAAAGGCAAAAGUGCUCGACCCCUAUGGCUACUGUUCCCGGGUUUGGGCGGUCAGUGGCCGGCAAUGGCUGCAGCUUUGAUGCCAAUCAAGAUAUUCGCCGAUAAA